AUGUCGAAUAGUUCGAAAAUGGAUUGUUCCGUUGGUAAACUAGUUCAUGAAGAGUGCCAUAAAAAAAAUUAUUCCCGAUUUUCCAAAAUUGAGUCUUAUACUAAGGAGGAAAAGGAUUUAAUAGAAUGGAGACUAGAGGAAACUGUAACAGAUAUUUGUACGUAUCAUAAACUCAAAGUUUUGGAUUUAGAAAUUUGUGAAACUUAUUCGCACUUGAAAUUAGUUCCGGGAAAAAGUAUCUGUACAAACUGUUUUAAAAAAUUGAAGGAAGAUAAAGAAGCUAUUUAUAUGGAUGUAGAUAUGAUAGAAGAGGAAUUUGAAGGUAAUGAUAAUGAGGAUAGUGCUUUUGUCUUUACAGAAGAACUUAAAAGAAGUAUAGGCGAUAAGUCUCGAAAGCUUUUGAGAAGAUAUGUAUUGAGGCCUUCAAUUUACCUGGCGAAGCGAAACAAAGAAAAUGUUGAUAAUCUGGACCAAGAUUACUUUGAAUUAAUAGAUGAAGUCAAAAAGAAAAUAUCGACGGUGGAUUACAAAAACAAAAUUAAUCUUAUAAGUAUAGCGCCCAAGUCUUGGUCUCGUGAAGGAACAGCUAAAGAACUAAAUGUUUCCCCAAAUACUGUGAGAACAGCAAGACAAGCCAUGAAAAAUGAUGGAAUCCUACCCUAUAUUAAAAAUGAAAACAAACAAGGAAGACAUUCACUUUCUAAGGAAAUGUCUGAAAAAAUAAUUCAAUUCUACUUGGAAAAUGAUAUAAGUCGACCUUGUCCAGGGGCUAAAGAAUAUGUUUCAGUGAAGGAUGAUAAUGGAAAUAGGAUUCAUAUGCAAAAAAGGUUAAUUCUUUCAAAUUUGAAAGAAAUUUAUACAUUUUUCAAAGAACAGAACCCAGCUGCACAAAUAGGGUUUUCAAAGUUUGCAGAGUUGAGACCCAAGUGGUGUAUCUUGGCAGGUGCUUCGGGUACACAUACUGUCUGUGUUUGUAUCUACCAUCAAAAUUUAAAGUUAGCCUCCAACGUAAUUUCGAGAACAAUAAAUUACGCGGAUUACAUAAAAGCAGCGGUGUGUGAUAUUAAUUGUGAGCAAUGUAUGAUGUCAGAGUGCGAACAAUGCCCCAAUGAAAAAGGAAUUGAUGAUUUCUUGUCUACAAUUCAAGAGUCACAACCAUUAGCUGAAUCUGUAGAGUACAGUCAAUGGAUCUCUAACGACAGAUGUCAAAUGAAGACCCUAAAUGAAAAUUACGAAGAAUUUAUGAAAAACUUCAAAGAACAAGUUCUGAAAACGAAACCCCAUCACUACAUCUCUAAAAAGCAAAGUAACUUUUUGCGAGCAAGAAAAAAGAACUUGGCAGAACACGAAUGCAUGCUGCAAUGUGACUCUUUUUGUGUAUUGAGUGAUACCAAAACACAUAGUACCUUAGAAUUUGCUAUAUUUCAAAAACGUUUUGUCACCCUCGUUAAACAAAAGUAUCCCAGGUUGUUGAAGUUUAUUUAUAUGACAGAUGGAUGUGGUGGCCAGUAUAAAAAUAAGAAAAAUUUUCUAAACCUAUAUAACCAUAAACGAGAUUUUGAUAUUGAUGCCGAAUGGCAUUUCUAUGCCACAUCACAUGGCAAGAGUGCAUGUGAUGGGAUCGGUGGAACUGUCAAACGCUUAGUAAGAAAAGCAAGUUUACAACGAGAAAAUAAUAAUCAGAUUUUAAAUAUCAAUGAUAUCUACAAAUUUUGCGUUGAAAAAAUUAAGACUAUAACAUUUUCACUCGUCAUCCAAGAAGAAAUUAAUUCAGAAAAACCGUUCUUUGAAAACAAUCUUAACGUACUAAAAACCACCACCGACGAAAAAGCAUACAUCAAAGGAGAAAAACUACAUACUUCCCACGGCCAAAUUUUGAGUGAAGAGGAUAUCUUGCUUCUGAUGGAGUGCGAAAAUAACCGCCAAAAUAAUAGUGCACCCUCAACUCCAACAGUCUACAUCACUGAGGAACCAGAAUUUGAAGUUCCUUUGAAGGCAGAAGAAACUAAAAUACAUACUGAAGAAAAAAUCAAAGCUGCACAACAUAAAGGUAACCAAGACGACGAUACUAAUAAAAACACAAUCAAAAAUAAGAUAGGAAACAAGGCUCCAGCAAACUUGAUACAAGUUGAAAAAAAGAAGUUACGGUCUGGAUCUACAUCAUCCAGCAACCAAAAAUAG